UCACACUGCUAUCGAUAAGCCCGCUCACUUUUUCUGGCCGCCGACAAAAAACAACGGAACGAACGUUAGUCGCGAAUUUUAAUCUGAAACCGAAAAGUCCGUUGGUAAAAGAAUACAAUUCAAAAAUAUAUUUUAUUUAAAAAUUAGUGAAACACUAAAAUAAAGUAUCAAUAUUCGAUAUAAUUCAUAUAUAAUUCUGAAAAAAAAACAAGUCGCGCUUCGAACGGGGAAUUAAGGUGCGCGCUCUAAACUUGCAAAGCAAUACGUAUACGUUUACGUACGAUAUUUAUAUGGUGAUCUGAUCUGAGCCAGAAACAGACUGUUCAAAUUUUGUCGACGACGCAGUUUAUUUAAUAAUUAUUUGUUAUUGAAACUCUUCCCCCACGCAAGAAGGUUGGAAGACUUCAUUCAACGCAAAUUGAAAACUGCAUCGCUAAGUGAGCAAAGUGACCAGUUCCAGUCGACCAGUCGUGACCAUGGCAUUACUGGGGCAAAUGUGUUAACGCCUUUCGUAUAUAUACUAAAUAUAGUAGUGUCUAAUUAGCGGAAUAUUUAAACGAAAGCCAAAUAACAAACAAAUUAAGCGAAAAUUGAAAAUAUGCGCCUGGCCCACAGUGUAGUGGCCUCCUGCUGGCUGCCGUUACUCAUCUGGAUGUCGAGGAGCGAUGCAUUGCCUCGCCCCCAAUUCGAGCAGGAGGAUAACGAGGUGUCCACCAAUUGUGGCGGUGAUAAUGGAGCACCCCUGAUAACGCCCUGCAAGGAGUCCAUCAAGCUGGAGUACAGGACAAACUACACGCUGCGUUGCGAGGCCAGCGAGCCGAUCAUUUGGUGGGCAAGUCACGAAAGUUCGCUGGUCAGUAGCUUCGAUAAUACGGAGGAGGAUCCCCAGCGUCCGUAUGGCCUGCAGCUGCACCUGAUCGAGGUGACGGCGGACAAUGUGGGGGCAUACUACUGCAUCAAGGAGUCGUCGGCAGAGUCCCUCACUAGCGGUCCGGACGAGAAGCUCGGCGAGAUGCUGGGCGAGAUGGUGAACAACGAUCUGGCGAGCACCAUUUACGUGUUUGUGAAUGAUCCGAUAAAUCUGCUGGUUCCGACGGCACCCAUUGUCCAUGCUCGCCAGUACACGGAUGUGGUGAUACCCUGCAAACCCUCGAUGCCCGAAACGGAGGUGCUGCUGACAUUCAACUCAGAUAAAUUUUCCAGCCAGACCUCUGGUCGUUAUGAUCCCAAGCGUGGCUUUACCAUCGAAAUACGAAGCAUCACCGAUGGUGGCGACUAUUAUUGUGAGCCCGAGUAUCCAGCCGCAGAGAAUGAAGAGGAGUAUACGGUCAUACCAGUCCGCUUUAUCGGUAACGGUCACAUUGAUACAUCUGGAUUGGAUAGUGCCAGUACCUCGAGUGCCACCAUCCUGCCGCCUAACAUAGAAUACGGUGUUGAAGAAUACAACGGUGUUACGACUCCGGAGGGUUCCGCGGAUAGCGAUAAUGAUAAUGAUAACGAUGAUGAUUUCCUCACUACUGUAACUAACACAACCAAUGGUAAUGUGGCUCUAAGCUCUGGUGCUGGGCUUGGUCGAAACAAAUCUGAAUCGGAAGAUCGCUCAAAAUUAUACCCAUUGCGUCGUAAGCGUAGUCCAGUGCGUCUUCUGGCCGCCCCGCUGAGUCCAUCGCCCUCACCAAAUCUAGGGCAAGCGAAUGAUCGCUUAAAUAAGCCCAGCAUCAGCUCUACGCCGGGAAAGCAUGUCAUUGUGAAUGGGACUUUCACAUUGGUCUGUGAGCUGUCUGCCCCGCAGGGCGUGAACUAUGAAAUGAGCUGGAGCACCCCCAACAGCAAAAAGAAGUGGACACUCCACGAGGAUGCCUACCAUCUAGAUCCUCAGGGUCGCAUCUCCUACACGAAGCCGCGAUUCGACAACACCAUGAAGAACAGCACCCAUGUGGUGGGCAGCAGCAGGCUGACGGUGACACAGGCCCAGGAGUCCGAUGAGGGCACCUACAAGUGCACUGUCACGGAUAGCUUUGACCGCCUGCAGUUCACCACCUACAAGAUGAAAGUCAUGCAACCGAACACGACCUAUCUGGAUGUGCGAGAACCCGCCGGCCACUACAAUGUGAAUGAGUUUGCCAAUAGAACCAUCACAAUGACCGCCGAAUUUAGUGGAUUUCCUCAGCCGAUCUUCAAGUGGUACCGGCCCGAUGGCAGCGAGUUCUGGGAGACGGGGCACAACUUCAACAUUGAAUCGACGGAGUCCAGCACCACGCUUCGGCUGCAUAAUGUCCAGCUGAAGGACAGCGGCACCUAUGUCCUUAAGGGCAAGGUGCCCGAAAGCAAUGUCACCCGCGUCCUGAAGUACAAUGUCAGCGUGAUGUCCUCGCCAGAGCUCAGCAUGGAUGAUGUCUAUGUCGAGGCGGGAAAUGAGGCACAUUUGGACUGCCUGGUGCGUUCGUAUCCCCCGGCGGUGGUCACCUUUCUUUUCAGGCCCUGUAAGCUGGUGCCGCGAUGGCCCACGUGUAACUCACUCAAUCAGAACUUUAGUUCACCCGAUGUCCAAAAGACAUUUAAGUUCAAUGUCCAACCACGACCGGGGCUACUCUCUGUGGAACGUAUCUAUGCCGUGUCCUUUACACCCACAGAGCCGGGCAUACUUUCCUGCGCGGCCCAGAACUUGGUGGAUGGAGUGCCGCGUAUGGCCAUCACCAAAUCGCAUGUGCUGAUCGGUAACAUUGCGGAGAAGAUGACCAUAUAUGGCCUGGAUGAGAACCGGAAGAUUGCCAAGGGCGAUGAGGAGAGUUUCACUUGCGAGGCAUUGGCCUAUCAUUUCGAUGGCACUCUCACAUGGUAUCACAAUGGAGAGGAAGUGGAAGCAUCGGAGGCUCUUCUGAUACAGACCAGCCACAGUGACUACUCCUACAAGAGUACUUUGAAGUUCCCGGCAAUGGGUGAUGGCGAUCGGGGCACCUAUGAGUGCCGUGCCCAUCAUAUCCAUAAUCACACGCAGUACGAUAGUCGGGAGAUCGAUGUCUAUGUACACGAUCCAAAGGCACCCCAUUGGGUGCACACCAAUCUCAAUGCCAACUCAAAGAUGGAGAAAAAACUGGGCGAAUCUUUGGCCCUGGAAUGCCGCUCCAUGGCAGUGCCAAAGGCGAAGGUGCGCUGGUUCAAGGAUGGCAAGGAGCUGCAAGAGACGAAUCUCACCCACAUCAUUGAAGACGAGGAGAAGCUGCUGAUCACCCACCUAUAUCCCUAUGACGAUGGCAUCUACAGGUGUCUGGUGGAGAACCGGCUGGGCAGCAUUGAGAACUCCAUUACCGUGGUCAUCGCUGAUAUGCCUGGCAUUAACAAAGCCUGGAUUUGGUUUGGAGUAAUGCUCUUCCUCAUCCUCAUAAGCCUUUGCGCCUUUCUAGCGGUGCGCUACCACAAGGAGCGCAAGCGUCAUUUGGCUUUGAAGGCCGCCGGUUUGGCCAACUUCGAGGAGGGCGCCGUGGAACAUAUCAAUCCUUCUUUAUCGCUGGACGAGCAGGCGGAUCUGCUGCCCUACGAUCAGAAGUUUGAGUUCGCGCGCGAAAGCUUGAAGCUGGGCAAACAACUGGGCGCUGGCGCCUUUGGUGUGGUGCUCAAGGGCGAGGCCAAAGGGAUACGUACCGAUGAACCCACCUCAACGGUGGCCGUAAAAAUGGUCAAGCGCACGGCGGACAAUGAGGUGGUGCGUGCCUUGGUCUCCGAGCUGAAGAUUAUGGUCCACUUGGGACAGCACUUGAAUGUGGUUAAUCUGCUGGGUGCCGUCACCAAGAAUAUAGCAAAGCGUGAACUUAUGGUCAUUGUGGAAUACUGUCGUUUCGGGAAUGUCCAAAACUUUUUGCUCAGGAAUCGCAAGUUUUUCAUCAAUCAGAUAAGUCCGGUUAACGAUAGGAUCGAUCCAGCCAUCAUGGUCCAACGCGUUUCCGAAACCUUUGAGCUCCAUCGCGAUGUAAAUGGUGGUGGCUUGAAGUAUGCUAAUGUCGGUUUCCCCAACCAUCCGUAUAUCAAUCACAUGAACUCCGUAAACAACAAUUAUACGCAAAAUCAUCGCAGAAAUUCGGACAAUGAUCCACGUUCGGGCACACGUGCGGGUAGACCCGGUUCCGCUGGUUACAGCUACGAUCGUCAGACGGACACCUGUGCCACAGAAGCCACUGUGAUGACAACAGUGCCAGAGGAUGAACAUGUAAUGUCUAACAACUCGAUACAGCCCGCUUGGCGUUCCAAUUACAAGACAGAUUCUACGGAGGCCAUGACCGUGACCACAACUGAUCUCGUUAGCUGGGCCUUCCAGGUGGCUCGUGGCAUGGACUAUCUGUCCUCCAAGAAGGUCCUGCAUGGUGAUUUAGCCGCACGAAACAUACUCCUGUGCGAGGACAAUGUGGUCAAGAUCUGUGACUUUGGUCUAGCACGUUCCAUGUAUCGUGGCGAAAACUACAAGAAAUCAGAGAGCGGAAAGCUACCCAUCAAAUGGUUAGCGCUGGAAUCUCUUAGUGAUCAUGUAUUCAGUACUUAUAGUGACGUUUGGUCCUUUGGCAUUGUGCUGUGGGAGCUGUUUUCGCUGGCCAAAGUGCCAUAUCCCGGCAUUGAUCCCAAUCAGGAGCUUUUCAACAAACUCAACGAUGGCUAUCGCAUGGAGAAGCCACCCUAUGCCAACCAAGAGAUCUAUGAGAUCAUGCUCGAGUGCUGGAGGAAAAAUCCGGAGAGCAGACCCUUGUUUGCUGAGCUAGAGAAGCGCUUUGCCACCAUGCUGGGCGAGGAUGUGACCAAUCACUACCUGGACCUGAACAAUCCCUACAUGCAAACGAACAUGGAGUACAUGAAGAGCCAGUCCACAGACUACCUGGCCCUGAUGGGAUCCCCCGACGAACCCGCGCCGGCAGCACCGCGUUACGUGAAUGGCCAUAUAGUGCCCGAUAUACGAAUCGAAGAGCUGCCCGAUGACUAUCAGGCCAUGAGCCCCCCCGAUACCAGCACUGCCAUCUAUUCACCCACGCGCCUCGAUGGCGACGAUAUGGCACCAACGGCCAAUUUCACAGAGUUUGCGGACUUCUCACCCCUACAAACAACCGACACCUCUUUCACCUUCCCAGAUGCAACGCCGCCCCAACCCCAACGCCUUGUAGGACAGCAUUCACCGACGCUUAGCAACAAUAUGAACAGCAGUGUCCACAAGCCGCUGCGCAAGAAGAACGGCCUGCCCACGGUGGAUACCGCCGAUCAGGCACCCGAGGAGAUACCCAUGCUGCAUCGCACGUCCACAUCGGAUACGGAACAGAGUCCGGAACAGGGGCGACGCUUCAACCAGGCGCUAAAGCAGCAAUAUGUCACGCCCAAGCCAUCGCCGCGCCAUCAUGUGGAAACGAAACUGAAUGGCGAGUCCGAGAACUAUGUGAAUGUGAAGCCGCCGCGUAAAAAUCUUGUCAAUAAGCCCACGACUACUGGUGGCACCAGCAACACAGAAGCCUUCUCCAAUCCCAGCUAUCAACCGCUUUCGGGAGUCAAUGAGAAGGUGGAUCGACGGUAUUAGACGUCGAAGCAGCCGAACCUGGAAGCAGCCAGCUAGCUUAAGUUAGACAACAAUACUACUUAGUGGCAUUCUGAUAUAGCUUUAAGACGAAACUCACUCCAUGUUAUAUAUAUAGUUUAUUAAUGCCAUUUCAUGCAUAAUUUUAGUUAAUAGUUUUAAGUCGAAUUAUCGUGUAUGUUAUAUGUCUCCAAAUGUGUACCUACGAUUACUCAAAUAGAAUGGGUAUAAAAUGAACAGAUCGAUAUAUCACUGGACCCCACCGUCACAGA